GUUGUCACAAUUCUACUCCAUCGCAUACUACCGUCAUGCCUCCCAGAGCAAUAUACCUCGUAACAUCCCGGAAUAGCCCGAGCCAACGUGCUCAUUUCUCAAUCUUUGUUCCAUCGGUCGCUUGUUCUACUAUAGGUACUUCGAUACACGUUGUGGGCGCCCCUAUGAUGGGCUAUCAACUCGAGUUCAAACGGAAUCACGCGCUCUCCUCCAAUGAAGAGCCGUAUGAGACGGUUUUGCUUGGAUAUGUCGACUCUCAACACAUUACGGACUCUCCAAUAGAGAGUAGUAGUAUUUUUGUAGACCAUACUCCGAGAGAUGAUCUUGAAAUCGCAGCCAGUCAAAUACCGGCCCCUCGUGUUAGUGAGAAUUUCAUGGCACCUGUUAAUGAUACCACCAACAAGAGAUGUCAAGAGUGGACUAUGGAAUUUGUUCGUCAUCUGGUUGCUCGGGGUCUACUUGAGGAGGAAGCCGUUCAGAUUGUCCAGUCGAAACGCGAUUCGCCAACGCAUGGAAUCGCUUUGCAGCCUGCUGGUCGACGAUUAGUUUGAAGGGGCUAUCCAAAUUCAUGCAAGAAGCAAGUGCCAAGGGAUAUAUGACUUGAAAAUUUCUGGUCUUAGUUGGCAUUAGUAAAGGCAACCCAGGAAACACUGCUACCAAGAAGAGUCAAUCAAUCUGGAUGCAAUCGGCGAAAGUUCAAGCCAAAGCAGGUUCCCGGCACUUCCCCAGAAGGGGUAUGUAGAAAUGCAC